AAUGCCAUGACCCAACAGUCCCAGAAUGAAUUUGACUGCAGCUUGGAGAAUGCCGUGGCAUGGAUGAAGGCCAUCCAGGAGAGACUGCAGAUUAAUGACAACACCAAAGGACCCCGCUCAGCCCUGGAAGCCCGGCUGAGAGAGACUGAGAUGAUAUGCCACUUGGAGCCGGAAGGGCGGAUGAGGAUGGACAGGGUCCUGAAGUCGGCCGACACCUUCCUUGGCUCGUGCAGUGAGGAUCAGAAGCCCUUGGUCCUGAGCAAGCUGAAAGGCAUCAAGACACUGUGGGAAGAUACAGUCGUCUACAUCACUCACUGUCACAGCCGGAUCGAGUGGGUGUGGCUGCACUGGAGUGAGUACCUGCGGGCCCAGGAUGAGUUCUACCGCUGGUUUCAGAGCAUGAGAGCGACGCUGGAGCCCGCCCUGGAGCUGCAGCUGGGCUGGAAGGAGAAGCAGUGGCAACUGAGCCACUCCGAGGUCCUGCUCGGCAAUGUCCAGAACCAGGCCGUCCUCCUGGACAGGCUCCUGGAGGAAGCGGCCUCCUUGUUCAACAGGAUCGGGGACCCCAGCGUGGAUGAGGACGUCCAGAGGAAAAUGAAAGCCGAGUACGAGGAAAUCAAAGCCAAGGCUCAGGACAGGGUGAAGCUGCUUGAAAAGAUAACCUGCGAGCACAAGGAGUACACGGAGAAGGUGGACGCGUUCCAGGGAUGGCUAGUGGGCGUGACGGAGCGGGUGAGCGGCCGACUGGGGAGAGCCAACCAGUCAACCCUCGACAACCAGCUCAGAGAUCUGCAGGAUAUUGCCAAAGAUUUUCUAAGAGGAGAGGAGUCUCUAAAAAACCUCGAGAGGCAGUCGGAGGGAGUUAUCCAGAACACUUCUCCUUUGGGCGCCGAGAAGAUCACCCGUGAGCUGGAAGAGCUGAGGAAAGCCCUGGAGAAGCUGAAACUGCUGUGUAAGGAGGAAGAGGAGAGACUCCUGAAGGCCCUGAAGUUGGACGGGGCCUACCGAUCUCAGGCCCAGCUGUUGGGAACUGAGGUCGCUGAAUUUCAGCAAGAGAUCCAAAGGUUGGCCAAAGGCUUGGAGCCAGGCGAGAAGGCGAGAAAUGAAGAGGAGUUAAUUACUCUCUGGAGGAAAUACACCGUGACCAGAUCGGCUCUUGUGGCAGAAGAGGCCAAAGCGGAAAAGCUGAAGGCUCAGCUGAAGGAACUCAUCCAAUUUUCUCAGGACGGGCAGCCCCUCUCGGCCAAUGCCGUGUCUGCUCUUCAGGAUUUCCAAAGCUUGAAAGGGAAAACGGCCAAACUGCUGACCAGCGCUGGCAUGGAACUGGCACAGAGCUUUCAGCGCCUGCUCCGGGAUUUCCAGCUGUGGAAGACAGAGGCCCAGGGACUUGUGAAUAUCACAGCCAGUGUUCCUGAUCACUCGCUGAUCCCCACUUUCUUACCACAGUUGGAGGCAGCACUGUCUGAGAGCUCCGACUUGAAAGAGAAGUUGACGGCAGUAUUACUCAAGAAAGACUUGCUGAGCGGCAUCUUUGGUGAGGAGCGAGCAAAGUCUCUCAUGGCGGAAGUGACUGACGCCACCAAGGACAGAGAUCUGCUCCAUUACGGUCUUCUGCAAAGGAAAAGUAAAUUGCUGAAUAUGCUCUCUCAGCAAAAGGACUUUGAUGCUGCAUUCGAGCCUUUGCAGGAGAGGUUAGCAGCUCUGAGGAUCAGGGUGACCGCUGAAAAAGAGCCUCAGUCUGACCUUCGUGGUAAACAGGCCCAGCUCCAGAAGCUGCAGAGACUCCAUGAAGAUUUGCUGGAAUUGGAAGUUCAAAUGGAUGAUCUGAAACUCCUGGUUCAGUCUGAGCCGAGUCACCAGCAUAAAAUGAGCCAGCUUUCCUCCGACUAUCUCACUCUGAAGAGGUCUUUGGAGAUGAUGCUACAGCAAAGUCAGCAGUGCGUCGAGGAGCACUGCUUGUUCAGCAACGUACUGUUAGAACUACAGCAGUGGAUCAUGGUGGUCAAAGAGAAGCUGGAAUCCUACCAGGGGGACAAUGACAGGUGGAAGGUAGAGACCCGAGCUGGGGAAAUUGAGAGACUGUCGGCUGAGUUCCCCAACAGAGAGGUCCAGCUGCACCUGGUGGAAGCUCAUGGCCAGAGGGUGAUGGAGAAGUCUUCUCCAGGAGGGGUUGCCCUCAUCCAGAAGGAGCUGAAACAGCUGACGGAGUCCUGGAAUUCCCUACGGGUGCUAGAGGACAUGCUGUCAGGCCUCGUCAGAAGCUGGCAGCUGAAAAGAGCGAAUGCCGACUCAGGGAAGAAAAAAGGGAUGACAAACCACAUCCCGAAACCCGGCUCCUCCAGGCAUGCAGGGAAUGCUGUUGAUGGGCAUUACGGCUGGAAAGAAUUGGGUGUUGGAGAAGGAGAUUUCACUUCCAGCCUGGAAAAGUUUAAACAGUGGUUGCUCGUGGAAGAUGCUAAACUGGCCGGGAUUAUCGAGGUGAAAGUUUCCACCCCAGAGGAUGUGAAAGCAAGAAAAAGCAAGCUGAAGGAGUUGCAGUCCCGAAUUCCCGAAGGGCAGGACCACUUUGAAAAUCUCCUUCAUCUUUGGUCCACCAAAGGGAACUCUGAAGACUUGGAGGACGUCCGCUAUCGCUGGAUGGUUUACAAAUCCAAAAUCACUGACUCCAUCCACCUGCUGAAUCACAACUCUUUGGAGGGCCCAGCUGGAUUCAGAAAGAGUCGCUCGGGGGGCCUGUGCACGUUCCUGGAGCGGGUGUGCCGUGUGGCCUUGCCCCUCCAACUCCUCCUGCUGCUGCUGCUUCUCCUGCUUUUCCUGCUGCCUCUGGCAGAAGAGACCCACAGCUGCACACUUUCCAACAACUUCGCCCGCUCCUUCAACCUGAUGCUGCACUACAACGGGCCGCCUCCAACUUAACCGGUGGCCAGCGGCCAGCUGGAGGAUCGGCCCCUCCCGAGGUGACAUCCGCAACCUCCAUGUCGCCCUUUUAACUGUAAAUGUGGUCACAGCCGGGCAGCCAAAGCUGAGUCCUUUAAAUCCAAUAUCAUCAUUAC